UGUUAUUCCGAUAUUAUGUAAUGGGUUCAUCGUUAGUAAUUUAAUUUUUAGAAAAGGUUCAAGUUUUUAUGUAGGUCGUAAGUUCUUCCGCUAUUGCGAAGUGUGUUGGGUUGUUGACCCUUGUCGCGCUUACCCCGGCUUGUCCGAUAAUCGGAGACCAUGCGCGAAAGUUCCGGAAGCUGCGGCACCUGCGGCUCUUACUUGAAGAACAUCCUCAAGUUCCUUUUGAGUCACAUAGGACUGGUGUCGCUGGUCGUGGGAUACACCAUCGUCGGCGCCCUCACCUUCGCCAAACUCGAGGCUCAACAUGAAGUUCUCGUCAAGAAAAACAUGUCGAGUGUUCGCGAAAAGGUGACCGACCGUCUUUGGGACAUCACCAACGACAUGCACAUGCUCGAGGAGCUCGAGUGGAGCGAGAAGGCGCGGGAAACUCUUAAAGACUUCGAGAAAAGUUUAGUUAAAGCAAUUAAACAAGAUGGCUGGGACGGCGUCGAGUCCAACGAACCCAAGCAAUGGACUUUUGCGGGUGCCCUCUUUUACUCCAUCAUUCUCAUAACCACCAUAGGUUAUGGCCACAUUGCACCCAAGACGCCGUGGGGGAAGGUGGUGACGAUAUUCUACGCCAUUCCCGGGGUGCCGUUGAUGAUGCUGUGCCUCGCUAACAUAGGGGAUGGCAUGGCGCACUCCUUCAGGUUCCUCUACUGGAAGGUCUGUUGCUACGCCUGCACCAAGCGGCCUAAGAAACGGCGACGAACCAAGAGCUCCUCGAGGCUCUCAAGAAGCAGCAGCCACCACAGCAACAUGGGUCCUCCUCGAGCGCGGCCGUCGUCUCUGCGUCGGUCAGGGCGCGGCUCUGAGCGUUCUACAGACCCCCGGGAAUACGAGCCCCACCAGUACCACCCCCGCGAGUACGAACCCCACCACCACGACCCUCACAACUAUAACCCUCACCAGUACGACCCCACUUACCCCGACCCUGAGUACCGAUCGGGUCGCGCUGAGUUCGAUGAAGACCGCCCCUCGGGACGCGUCUCUCGGACGGGGUCGAGGGAGCGUCGGGCUCCGGACCUCAGGGGUGGCAAGGGCGGCAGGGACAGCCACACGUCCAGACUAUCCCUCGACAGAGAAGGCGAGGACCAGGUAUCGGUGCUGUACAACAAAUACGCUGUAGAAGAUAACGACGGCGGCACCUCGGAGACCGCGGCCGCCCUACGGCCGGCAGAGCGCAGCCCCGCGCCCUCCAUCGACAGGAGGGACCGCAGCAGCAGAGAAGACCGCGUGAGCGAUCAAACGGUCGUUGACCAGCCAAGAGGGAGCAGGAAUCGUUCUCCAUCAGUUUCAGGCUCAGUGCGACAAUCUCUCCCUCCGCUAAGUCCUCACCUGCAGCCGCCGCCGCGCAGCCCGCGGCCGCCGGCCAGACCAGAUCCGGCGUACCUCGAUGACUACGAAUAUUCUGACGGCUUUGAUGAGGAUCCUGUAGACGAAACUGAUCCUUCCGACAAGCCCGUGCCCAUUUGGCUAGGAGUGAUGCUCGUUGUAGCCUAUAUCUUGGGCGGUGCAGUUCUCUUCUCGGGCUGGGAGAACUGGGAGUUCUUGGACUCGGUUUACUUCUGCUUCAUCACCCUCACGACCAUCGGCUUCGGUGACUUCGUGCCAGCACAAGAAGGCAAAGAGAACCAAGAGUUGAGCAUUGCCUUAUGCUCGCUCUACCUCCUGUUCGGCAUCGCUCUCCUGGCCAUGUCGUUCAAUUUAGUACAAGAAGAGGUCAUCAACAACGUCAAGAACGUUGCCAGGAGACUUGGAAUUAUUAAAGAAGAAGAACUUUAUAUACGAGACUGAUCUAGUAUGCAUUAAGAAUUGUUUAAUAUAACAUUUGGACGGUUCGACUAGUCUGGUUAUUCAGCAGAAACCAAAGAUCAUGCAUGUAUGAAUAUCACUUGUAUGCUUGGUACAUUCUCUUAUAUUUUAUACUUCAUUUAGAAUCUAAUUUCCUUCAUUUUUUGACACCAUUUUAAUGAUAUAUUGUCUUUUGCAAUAGAAGCAUUGCAAUGGUUCGAUUUGAGUCAAUAUCUCAAGAAAUAAGUACAGUAUUUCAACGAUUGGAAGCAAUGUUCAAGUUUGUUCAAGUUUCGCCCUGUUAACGUAUCACUGCCUUAUAUAGAGAGCUAUCCGUGAACGGUACAUUAACCGUGAUUAAUUAAUGUGAAUAUUACACCAAAUCAUCUUUAUUUAUUAAAGUAUUCA